AAUAAUAAAAAUAAAACAGCAGCAGCAACACACCCCCUCUCUCUCUUCCUCUUCUCCCCGCGCAAGCCAAAGCCACAGCCAGCGAAGGCGGCAAGCCACCACCACCACCUCCUCCUCACGCCACCGCGGCCUCCUCCUCCGGCCACCGCGCGCUCACCUCGGGCAGCGGCCGCAGUGGCGCGCGCUCUCCGGUGUGGGAUCUCCGAGUUUUUUUUUUCGUUUUCCCUCUGAAUUCCGCGGCGGGGAGGCCGGAUCUGCGGGGAGGGGCAUGGGGUGACCAGAUCGGGACGCGCACCUCGCUCUCCUCCUCCUCCUCCUCCUGAAUUCCUCUCGUCGGGAUGGCUGGCUCCGUCGUUGCUGCUGCUGCCGCCGCCGGCGGUGGCACAGGGAGCUCUUGCGAUGCGUUGUACAGGGAGCUAUGGCAUGCUUGCGCUGGGCCGUUGGUCACAGUGCCUCGCCAAGGCGAAUUGGUUUACUACUUCCCCCAGGGCCAUAUGGAACAGCUUGAGGCAUCUACAGACCAACAGCUUGACCAGCAUCUGCCUUUGUUUAACCUGCCAUCUAAGAUCCUCUGCAAAGUGGUCAAUGUAGAACUUAGGGCUGAAACCGAUUCAGAUGAGGUUUAUGCUCAAAUUAUGCUGCAACCAGAAGCAGAUCAAAAUGAACUCACCAGCCCAAAACCUGAGCCACAUGAACCUGAAAAAUGCAAUGUCCAUUCCUUCUGCAAGACUUUGACUGCUUCAGAUACAAGCACCCAUGGUGGAUUUUCAGUUCUUAGGAGGCAUGCAGAAGAAUGUCUUCCUCCCCUGGACAUGACUCAGAAUCCACCAUGGCAAGAGCUUGUGGCUAGAGAUCUCCAUGGAAACGAGUGGCAUUUCCGUCACAUCUUUCGAGGACAACCUAGGAGGCAUCUGCUUACAACUGGCUGGAGUGUUUUUGUUAGCUCAAAAAGAUUAGUUGCCGGUGACGCAUUCAUCUUUCUGAGAGGUGAGAAUGGAGAGCUACGAGUUGGUGUCAGGAGGCUCAUGAGGCAACUAAAUAACAUGCCAUCAUCAGUAAUAUCAAGUCAUAGUAUGCAUCUUGGAGUCCUAGCAACUGCAUCACAUGCUAUAUCCACCGGAACUCUCUUUUCUGUUUUCUACAAACCAAGAACAAGUCAGUCUGAGUUUGUUGUGAGUGCUAACAAGUACCUUGAAGCUAAAAACAGCAAGAUAUCUGUUGGAAUGAGGUUUAAGAUGAGAUUCGAGGGCGAUGAAGCUCCUGAAAGAAGGUUUAGUGGAACAAUUAUUGGUGUUGGGAGCAUGUCAACGUCUCCAUGGGCAAAUUCUGACUGGAGAUCUUUGAAGGUCCAAUGGGAUGAGCCUUCUGUGGUUCCUCGUCCAGAUAGAGUUUCACCAUGGGAACUAGAGCCACUUGCUGUGAGUAAUUCACAGCCAUCACCUCAGCCACCGGCAAGAAAUAAGCGGGCUCGGCCUCCUGCUUCGAAUUCAAUUGCUCCAGAACUACCUCCGGUCUUCGGUUUGUGGAAAUCUUCAGCUGAGUCCACACAAGGCUUCUCAUUUUCGGGACUACAGCGAACACAGGAACUAUAUCCUUCAAGCCCCAAUCCGAUCUUCUCAACAUCAUUAAAUGUUGGAUUCAGUACAAAGAAUGAGCCAUCUGCUCUAAGCAACAAGCAUUUUUACUGGCCAAUGAGAGAGACAAGAGCCAACUCUUACUCUGCUAGCAUCAGCAAAGUUCCAUCUGAAAAGAAGCAAGAGCCUAGUUCGGCUGGCUGCAGAUUGUUUGGAAUCGAGAUAAGCUCUGCUGUGGAAGCUACAUCUCCACUGGCUGCUGUUUCUGGUGUUGGUCAAGACCAACCAGCUGCCUCAGUAGAUGCUGAGUCUGAUCAGCUCUCACAACCAUCACAUGCCAACAAAUCUGAUGCUCCAGCGGCAAGCAGUGAGCCAUCUCCUCAUGAGACUCAGAGUCGGCAAGUGAGGAGCUGCACCAAGGUCAUCAUGCAAGGAAUGGCAGUUGGAAGGGCAGUGGACCUGACAAGGCUCCAUGGAUAUGAUGAUCUUCGCUGCAAGUUAGAAGAGAUGUUUGAUAUCCAAGGAGAGCUCUCUGCUAGCCUAAAGAAAUGGAAGGUUGUUUACACAGAUGAUGAGGAUGAUAUGAUGCUGGUUGGGGAUGACCCUUGGCCUGAAUUUUGCAGCAUGGUGAAAAGGAUAUACAUCUACACCUACGAGGAAGCCAAGCAACUUACUCCCAAGUCGAAGCUGCCGAUCAUUGGCGACGCCAUCAAGCCAAACCCAAACAAACAAUCGCCCGAGUCUGACAUGCCUCACAGUGACCUGGACAGCACCGCCCCCGUCACCGAUAAGGAUUGCUGAAUGCUACCUGGCCAUAUUUCCCUUCAGUUUUUUUUUUCCAUCUUGGGAUGUUGAGCAUGGGGGCCAAUGCCCAUGAUCCUUGGGACUUCUAAGAGUUAUCCGCUGGUUGGUUCGUGGGCCCGAAGGACACCGUCUGCAUCUACCAUGGUUCAUGCAUCAUGCAUAGCUGCCCCUGGACCAGUGUGGAUCCCAUGCCAGGAAGGAUGGCUGGGGAGGCAGCAUUUCCAUCACCUGGCAUUCCCUGCGUGAUUGGCCCAUCCGUGUUUAAUUCUGCUGUGUGGGGGUAGUAGGAGCCAUGGCAUCCUUUGUCCAGUGCUCAGUUUUGGUAAAGUGGUGACUGGUGGUAGACCUGCAAGAACGGGGCCCGGGCCUCGCCAUCUCUCGCUGCACCAGUAAAUAGAGUGUCAAGCAUUCAUGUUCCUUUCUUCCUGCAAUGCAUGGGGUAUCAUCAUCCGUAGCUAAGCAUCAGUUCUUCUCCCCCCCCCCCCCCCCCCUUGCAUCCUGUUCGCAGUUCCGGUGCCGCCACUGGAGCUGUUCGUUUUAACCCACCGGCAUUCCUUCUUUUCUUUUUUUUUACCGGGUGGUGUUUUUGCUUUCGGAAGUCGGAGCAUUUGCUAAGUUUUUUUUUCCUACGCUGUGCUUUCCUCCUGCUGAAUGUACCUGUGCUUUUCCUCCUCGUGGAAGCCAUCCAAAUCUAUGACAAUUUUCUGUACUCACUUACCUGCAUGUACAUAGGAAUGGAAAUGGAACUGGACUGAACUGAACCUGAUAUGCCGCUUCUCAUCAUUGUGAUGCUGUUCUUUUUCUGUGAUAGUGGAGUUCUUUUUC